CUUCCUCCUUCAAGUGAACUGGAUUGAAAUGGGUUGAACAGGAAACACCACUGCCCCUGUAGGGCUUGACUAUCAUGUGCAAACAGUCAAACAGUUCAGUAUAUUCCCUUGUCACAAAAUUGGGAAUUUCCAAAAGGGGAAAGGCCUCUGGGAUACAUCCCAGUUCUCUGUGAUUUGGUCAGUGCCAUUGUCAAUGAUUUACCAAUACGUUUCAGAGCUCGAUGGGCUCCGGGCUUCUUCCAGCAGCACUGGCCCUACGGAUUCCUGAAGCCUCAAGAAUUUGCUUGCAGCUAAUUUAAAGCAAACAUUUACAUAUGGAAAAACAAUGCGGUGGAGCCUGUGCCAGGUUUCCCCCCUGAUUCUCGCUGUAUGCUUGCUGUCUAUAGCAGCACAUUGGGCUACGGCUGCAGCACGCGGGGAGCCGGCAGCGGUGCCCACCCAGAGAAGAAGCAGCAGAGAUGUUAGCUCCCCAGCUCCUGUCGACUGCCAGCUGAGCCAGUGGUCGGAAUGGACCGAUUGCUUUCCUUGCCAAGGGAGAAAACACCGGCACCGGAGGCUGCUGCAGCCAGCAAUGUUCAGGGGGCAGCGCUGCACAGGGCCCCUCUGGGAUGAGCAAGGCUGCAGCGCUGGGGAGAGCUGUGCCAGAGCUCCCAGCUGCGGGAAUGACUUCCAGUGCAAGGAGAGCGGUCGCUGUAUUAAACAGCAUCUUGUGUGCAACGGCAAUACGGACUGCAGAGAUGGGUCUGAUGAGAAUGACUGUGAAGACGAAGAUAUUGAACGUCUCUGUGAAAACCUGUUCCCCAUCCCAGGGUCUGAAAAAGCAGCACGAGGAUACAACAUCCUAACGCAGGAGGAGAAAAGGUACAUAUACGAUCCUAAAUUUCUGGGAGGCCAUUGUGAAUCUGUCUACAACGGGGAGUGGCGGGCACUGAGGUACGACGCCGCGUGUGAGCGCCUGUACUACGGAGACGACGAGAAGUAUUUCCGCAAGCCUUACAACUUCCAUGUAUACCAGUUCCUCGCUCAUGCUGAUUCUGGAUUCUCUUCUGAGUUUUAUGAUGAUUCAAAAGAUCUGCUCGAUGCCCUCAAAAGUAGCAAAUCCGAGGGAAGGGGUUUUACCAUUGGAAUUGAGCCUACAAAAACAGAUGUCAAACUGAACCUUGGCUUCACUUUAUCACGUGGCAAAGGAUCCCUGAAGAAUUUCACAGAAUAUACUGCAAAGAAUGUUGGAUUCAUUAGAAUCGUGACCAAGGUGCAGACAGCCCGUUUCAAGAUGAGAAGGAACAACAUUGUUUUGGAUGAAGACAUGCUCAUCUCCCUGCUGGACCUUCCAGAUACCUACAACUAUGGCAUGUACGCCAAGUUCAUCAAUGACUAUGGCACCCAUUUCAUGACAUCUGGCACUAUGGGAGGCGAUCUUGAGUACAUCCUCGUUGUUAACAAAGAGGAAAUGAGACGACAAGACAUCAGCUAUGAAGAAGUAACCGCCUGUUUUGGCUUCUCACUGGACAUUUCAGUCUCAAAGCCUAUGCUGCAUUGGGAAGCAUCUGUGUCACACUCUGAGUGUGCAAGGAAAGAGCUCCUGAAUUCUGCUGACUUCUCAGGUGCUGGGAGCAACAAUCCAGUGGUGGAAGAUAUCAUUGUCCGGAUUAAAGGUGGAGAUACCUCUUACAGUGAAAGGCCCUUAAGGAGUUGGGAUAGCAACAUGUAUCGGCGCUGGGGAAGGUCAUUAAAAUAUAAUCCAGCUAUUAUUGAUUUUGAGCUGCAACCCAUCCACGAAAUCCUCCGCAGAAGCGACACUGGCAACAUGGAAACCAAACGGCAGCACCUGAAGCGGGCGUUGGAUGAGUACCUGCUGGAGUUCAAUGCCUGCCGCUGUGGGCCGUGCCAGAACAAUGCCGAGCCCAUCCUGGUGGGAGAUGAGUGCUAUUGUCAGUGCCGGUCUGGAUACAGCGGCCCUGCCUGCGAGCAGACCGAGCGCCAAGGCACAGAGGCAGACGGGCGCUGGAGCUGCUGGUCAUCCUGGACCCCGUGCCAGUCUGGCUCGCGGCAGCGCAGCCGGCAGUGCACCAACCCAGCCCCACAGCACGGCGGGGCACCCUGCGUGGGGAGAGACGUGCAGAGCUCCUCCUGCUGAACUCAGCAUCGCUCCAAAGGCACGAGCUCGAGGGGGUUCUGGGCUCUAAGUACCGCAGGCAUGAAAUGCGCGUGCUGGAACUGUUUACUAAAGCUUCACUUGCAGAAAUUCUUAUCUUUGCCUUUGGGAAACAAAUUAAAAGCUCGCAAUCCUUCCAUUUUUAUGUCAGUACUGACUGCAUAUGUACCAUGAAACUUUUAUAAGUUGGCACUGUCAGAUUCCUACGUCUAGCAUAUUGGGCAGGGCUGUGUCUUCAGCAAAGCCAUAUGCUGAGCUGUGUGGAGGAAGCUUAAGCCCAAAGAUGCUCAAAGAGCCAUUGUAAAAUGUGAACUCAAACUGAUGAAGAUUCUUACAUCAAUUAAUAAAGUAACAGAGAGGCCCAAACGAAACUAUUCUGCAGGGGAUGCUCGCAUAGGGGCAGACUGCUCCUCUUGGACAGAUCUUGGAUGGGCGUAUUGGCACAUGGGCAUUUCAUCCCCCAGGCACCCAGAGCCAGGGAAGUUGCUCCUGGGCUGCUUGAUUUAAAGGUCUUUUCUGAACGUAAGGCAUAAAUCUCAGCACAGGAAUACACGUGGUAUUGAACUGCAUCCAGAGCCCACAGCUCAGCUCUCUUAAUGAACUGCCACAAAACCCAGGGAGGACAGAAGGCAAGUGGCACUUCAUUUCACUGCACUUUGCA